UUCCUGGAGGACGUCCGAUCGGAGUGCUGGGUGUUCGCGCGGGACGUCCACCAUUAAACGUGAGAAGGGUGGAUGUGGACGUCCGCUGCAGACACCGCAUAUCCGCAGUCAUCUGGCGACGUCCGCGCGGGACGUCCGCCAUUGCGGUGACACGACGGACGUCCCGCGUGGACGUCCCGAUUUGUUAAUUUUUUUUAUUUUCGUGUUGAAAUUUUAAUUACGUAAGUUGUUUAAUUUAGUGAAUUUGUGAAUUUUUAUUAUUGUAGAUGUCCGUCGGAAUAUCCGCCAUUGUGCAGUGGAAUGUCUUAUGAUGUGACAGAAGAUGUUUUUGGGAAGUCCGUUGGGAUGUCAGUCGGGAUAUGCGCACCAUUACCGCGGCUGAGUAAAAACAAUAGGCCAUGUUGAGUCGGUGCUAGGUCUCAUCACUCCCCCCUUUCUCUCUUUCACUCUCUCUACAAACUCUUUCUCUCUUUCACUCUUUCACUCUCUCUACAAACUCAUCUUCUUCAUCCCCAAUCAAUGCUUUCCAAUUCCAUAAUGACCGCUCUGAAUUCAAUCAAGCUCCACAUCUUCUCCAGCCCCGGUCGUAUCUGCGUCUUCCUCCUCUUCCUAUGGGCUCAAUUUACCAUCAUCUCCCUCGCCCGCACCCCCACCCCCUGCUUCCCCGACCGCUCCUCUCCCCUCUCCGUCCGCUACGUCAAAAUCCCCUCCCCCAACACCACCUCCUCCACCGCCCCCGCAGCGCCGGAACCUCCCCCGCCGCGCUACACCGCCGAUUGCCCCUCCGGCCGCGUCUACGCCUACGACCUCCCCCCCUCCUUCAACCGCGACCUCGUUCCCUCCGCCUGCCCCGAUCUCGACCCCUGGGAUUGGCAAUGCGGCAUCUCCCCCAACCACGGCUACGGCCGCGCCGCCUCCGAGCUCCGCCGCACCCUCCCCGGGGACCUCCACAAAUCGUGGUACCACACCAAUGAAUUCACCCUGGAGCUCCUCUUCCACCACCGCAUCCUCAAGCACAAAUGCCGAACCCUAGAUCCGGAUCUCGCCACCGCCUUCUACAUCCCCUUCUACGCAGGCCUCGCCGUCGGGAAGCACCUAUGGGGCAACGACACGUCAGCGAGGGAUCGUCACUGCGAAUUGAUGCUGACGUGGAUCAAAUCGCAGAAUUACUGGAAAAUCAUGAACGGCUCAGAUCACUUCAUCUCGAUCGGCCGGAUCACUUGGGACUUCCGCCGAUUGACCGAUCCGGGGAAAUCGUGGGGAUCGAGCUUCCUCAACAUGCCGUCGAUGCAGAGAGUCAUCCGAUUCAUCAUCGAGAAACACCCCGGCGACGAAAUGGACGUCAGCGUGCCCUACCCCACCGGAUUCCACCCCAAAACCAGCGAUGAAUUAGCCGAAUGGCAGAGAUUCGUGCGCGAUCACAAGCGCGCGGCGCUCUUCACCUUCAUCGGCACCGAUCGGAAUUGGGGGGGAGACGACCUCCGGCGCCUCCUGAUGGACGAGUGCCGCCGCGAAUCGAGCUCCUGCCGCGCCGUGGACUGCGGGGAGAGCGAUUGCGCGAGGAAUUCUUCCAUAACGCUGCUGCCGCUGCUGGAAGCGGAGUUCUGCCUGCAGCCGAAGAGCGACAGCUUCACGAGCAGGGCGGUGUUCGAGUGCCUGGUGGCGGGGGCGGUGCCGGUUUUCUUCAGGAAGGGGGCUUAUGAGGAGCAGUAUGAGUGGUUCCUGCCGGGGGAGCAGGAGAGUUACUCGGUUUUGAUAGAGCAGGAGGAGGUGAGGAGUGGGAAGGUGGUGGUGAAGGAGGUGCUGGAGAGGUAUGGCAAGGAGGAGAUACAGAGGAAGAGGGAGAGAGUGAUUGAGAUGAUUCCGAGGAUUAUCUAUUCUAAGCCGAAUGCAGGGGUGAAGAGAUUUAGGGAUGCUUUUGAUAUUGCUGUUGAUGGGGCUAUGGAGAGGAUUAAGGAUGAGAAAGAGUGGGUUGAUUUCUUAUGAUGAGUUUUGAUUUUUUUAGCUAUAUACAGAAAUGUGUACAAUGAUGUAAUGCUAGUUUUGGGAGUGAGAUCUGUUUAUUGCAUUCAACAAAGAAAUUCAAGUCCUUGUAGAUAGAAAUAGAAAUGGCAAAUACUGCUGGCCGUAGUUGUGGUGCAACCGUGAAGGCAUGAACCCGCGCCUUUUUUCCUUUCCCUUUUAUUUUUCUUUAUUCCUCUCUCUUUUUGACGUGAAGAUUACGAAAAGGUCACCUUGUUUUGGGGCA